AUGGAGGCGAGCAGAGAGUCUAAAGAUUAUACUAAAAAUGAUUCCGAAAGUGAUACUAAUAGUAGUGAGGAUGAAUCGGGCGAUAUUGUGCAAAAAGAAAAAAUAUUGCUUGAAUAUUCAGAACAAUUGGAAAUAUAUUUGAAAGAAUUUAAAAUCAAAGACUUUGAUUAUUCAAAAUUCAAUGACUUCAAAAGUGUUGGCAGCGGAGCAACAGCGAAUGUAUAUUCUGCUACUUUAGAAGCAUCUAUUAAAUAUAUCAUAAACUAUAUUGCUAAUCCAGAUGUAAACCUAGAUACUGAAGAACAUUCUGAAUGUAGUCAACAAAUUACAAAAGGGAUUUUGAUAAGAAAACCGAUUCAACCAACAGAUGAAAUUGUAUUCAGUGGCUCAACUCUAAAAAAUAGCCAAUUUGGAAACAUCAAAUAUGAAGCAAAAGACUUUAAUGUUCCUGACAAUCGCCGUCAAAGAUCUGCUAUGCCAGAAAAAGAACCCACGAAAAUUAAUCAUGCGAAUGAUGAUUUGGAUAUAAAGUCGGAAGAAAAUUCUACUAAACAAAUUGGAGAAACAAUUUCUGAUAAUUCAGUUGAAUUUUUUGGCCAUAAAAAACCUGAAAUGCUUAACAAAAUUAUCGCUGAUGUGAACCAAAAUUCAAAUGAUCCAAUUCUUAAAGUACAUCUAAGUUCAGAAACUAAAAUGGUUUCAGAUACUAAGCCUCAAGAACUUUUAUGUAUGGCAUCUCUUAUAGCUAAUGAUUACAUUCCCGAAGACGUAAAAUGUGCUUCUUCACAUGUCGAUAUAGUUCUAGUAUUAGAUGUUAGUGGUUCGAUCUUAAAUUUUAUUGUGGAUGAACUUCCUCCAAACAAUCGAUUAUGUUUGAUUACUUUUAAUACUUCUGCGAGAUGUAUAACACCGUUAUUAUUUGUAAAUGAUGAUAAUAAUAAAAGAAAUUUUCAUAAAUCUAUUCAAGAAUUAGUGACAUCCGGUGGGACCAAUAUCGGAAAGGGACUUGAACUUGGCAUGGAUAUCUUAAUGCAAAGUAAAACAGAAAAUUCUAUUCCGGGGAUGAUUUUACUUUCUGAUGGCAAAGAUAAUUUUAAUCAGUCUUACGAGCAUUUGUAUGAAAGAGCUUGCAAAGCAAAUUUUGGUUAUGGAUCUGAUCAUGAUGCAACAAAGCUGUACACUAUUUCAGAAAAAACAGAGGGACUUUUUACAUAUAUUUAUGAAUUUGAACAAAUUAACCAAUGUUUUGCAGGUUGUAUUGGUGGGCUUGUAAGCACUUUAUGUCAUGAUGUAAAUUUAACUUUACGAAUUCCUAAACCAAUUUCAAAUGUUAAAAUAUCUGAAGUACUUUGUGAAUAUGAAAAUAAUAUAAGUGAUGAAGAGAUUAGUGCUCAGAUUAAAAUUCGUAAUAUAUAUGCUGGUGAAAAGAAAGAUUUAUUAUUCAAAAUCAAAAUUCAAGACAAUGAAUAUAAUACUACGAAUAUAGAUGGAUCUGAAGAAAAUCAUAGAGGUUUAAUAAUGGAUAAAGAUAACUUUGAAGAAAAUACUACAAAUUUGAAAACUAAAAGAGAUGAGCUUACAAUUGAAGCUGAUAUUAACUACUUUGAUGUUCACAAAGGACUUCGAAUAAAUUGUUCUAGAGCACCAGCAACAUUAAAAAUAAAUUACUCUUCAUCUCAAAUCGGUCCAUCAAACAAUCCUGCCAAUGCACAAGUAGUUCAACAAAAUUAUCGAUAUCGUGCUACAAAAGUAAUUUCUGAAGCAAAUAAAUUUGCUAAGCAAGGUGAUUAUCACAGUGCUCAGACAGUUAUUGAAGAUUUGGUAGAGGAAGUAGAGUCUCAUCAAGAUGAAUCUUCAGAAAUUUAUACUUCAUUAGUAGAAGAUUUGAAAUAUAUAAAACCACGUGUUAGUAAUUCACGAAGUUAUGAAAAUGGUGGAGAAGCUCAUGCAUUAUCAGUUAAUAUGGUGCACUCAAAUCAACGUUCUUUUAAUAGCCCAUCAUGUAGUUCAACAUCUUCAAACAUUUAUCAAAAUUCUUCUUCUUCGAAAUUUUCAGAAAGGGCAUCAUCUUUGAUCCCACAAUAUAAUCCAUCAUUUCCUGCAAAUGGUGCUUCACAUCAACCUUUUUAUGGCCCACCAUAUAAUCCAUUAUUGCCUGCAAAUGGUGCUUCACAUCAACGUUCUUUUUAUGUCCCACCAUACGAACCAUUUCCUGUAAAUGGUGCUUCACAUCAACGUUCUUUUUAUGGCCCACCAUACGAACCAUUUCCUGUAAAUGGUGCUUCACAUCAACGUUCUCUUUAUGGCCAACCAUACGAACCAUUUCCUGUAAAUGGUGCUUCACAUCAACGUUCUCUUUAUGACCAACCAUACGAACCAUUUCCUGUAAAUAUGUAUCAAACUUCUGCUAUUUCGGAAGUUUCAGAAAGUGCAUCAUCUUUGAUUA